AUGAAUCCAUAUAUAUUUUGGUUUGUGUGUAUCCUCAAUAUUUGGGGGUCUCGUGCAGCACCAUAUAUAGAUCCUUACGUAAAUCCGGACAGAUCAGGUUUUAAGCCCGGGGUUGACCUCAACCCUGGGACGGAAUUUAACAUGGGCAACUGGACUGCUGACUAUAACAUGACUUUUGAUAAUGACAUCUCAUCACCUGUGGAAUUCGACAGGAAAAUUCCGGGACAGACCGUUACUCUAACAGAAGAUAGAGAGAUGGAUAUUUUCCUAUUCAAGCCAACCGAUGAGGAUGUCUGUUACAUCAAAGACUUGGCUGAUUUUGAGGAUGAUGUCAAUCAGGUACCUAUAACCAGAAAGCAAGACGAUGGUAAUAACACAAAGGAAAAUUCAAUCCCAGAACAAAUCAAUUUAUCACUUCCGGAAAAAUGCCGAUCUCUUCCCGUCAAAUGGUUGGACGAGUUUUACCGUAACAACAGUAUCCGGCCCAACAAUCCAGAUAUAAUAAAGUCUCUUCGACGCUUUCCCGGUCACAAGCGAUUUUGCACUUUUGAGUCUCAGACGGUGCGAACUCAGACUUGCUAUUGCUGGUCCUGCGGAAACGCAUCAAUCGAAAAUAAAACAAUGGUAUGUCUGCGCGCCUUGCAAAUCAACAGCCGCCUCAACUGUAAGAAGGAGAUCACGAACUACCAUUCGGAUAAAGAAUACUUCGUGUUGGAAAAAGAUUUUAACGAUCAAAUAAUGACGUCAUCACAGUGA